AUGACUAGGUCAGGUUGUAGACAAGUAGGUUUCAAGCUUGAGAGUAGAGAUUUUGUGCAUGAUUUGAUCUGUUUACCAAUGGUGGGGCUUGAAAUGAUUUUGGGGUUUGAUUGGUUGUCGAAGAAUCGGAUUUUGUUGGACUGUUCUGAGCGGACCAUUCGGUUUAUGCCGGAAGGAGAGAAUGGAGUGGUGGUAGCUACGGGAUAUUACCUGAAUUCUGUAAUGGUGCACUGUAGUGGGGAGGAGUGUCAGGGUUAUAUUCUGUUGGCUGCUAAUGCGUUGGAUGAUGCCCAGAACUUAGAUCAGAUACCAGUGGUUAAAGAUUUUCCAAAAGUGUUCCCAGAAGAUAUCCCUGAGUUCCCACCUCAGAGGGAAAUUGAAUUUGCGAUCGAAUUGGUGCUGGGAGCCGGACCAGUAUCGAUUACACCUUAUAGGAUGGCUCCGAUAGAGCUGGCAGAGUUAAAGACUUAG